CCGAAACCUCCCGGCGCUCCCAGCCUGUUGCUUAUUCAUUCAGAGUUGGAAAGCGCCGGCCCACGGACAGCCAGUGCCGGCCGGCCAUGUAAGGCCCCUAGGCGGUCCUGCCUGCUCCGUGCCCUGCGGAGAGCCUCGUGCAGCCCUGGGCGCCGCCCCUACCCUGCCCUGACCCCUUGGCCUCGAAAUGCUGUCAUCGGAGGAGCCGUCCCGCUCGGGACAAGGCCAGGAUGGACAAAGCUAAAGCCGGGACAGGCAAGGAGCCGUCCUGUCCGCGAGGCCGUGGGAAAAGCAGCACGCACAGGGGGCCACUUCUGCGAGCCUCUCUGUCCACCAGGCCUCUGCAGAGGGGCCACCAUGGCUCUGGGCCGAGCCAGCUGGAAGCUGGAGGCCCUGGUGUGGGGCGCCUGCUUGUGCGUCCUGGUACACGGGCAGCAGGUACAGCCAGAGCAGGGCUCGGACCCGGGGCGCUGGCGGCAGCUGAUCCAGUGGGAGAACAACGGGCAGGUGUACAGCCUGCUCAACUCGGGCUCAGAGUACGUGCCGGCCGGGCCUGCGCACGCCGAGAGUAGCUCCCGGGUGCUGCUGGCGGGCGCGCCCCAGGCCCAGCAGCGGCGCAGCCACGGGGGCCCCCGGCGUCGGCAGGCGCCGUCCCUGCCCCUGCCGGGGCGCGUGGGCUCGGACACUGUGCGCGGCCAGGCGCGGCACCCAUUCGGCUUCGGCCAGGUGCCAGAAAACUGGCGCGAGGUGGCCGUCGGGGACAGCACCGGCAUGGCCCGGGCCCGCACCUCCGUCUCCCAGCAACGGCACGGGGGCUCCGCCUCCUCCUCGGUCUCGGCCUCGGCCUUCGCCACCACCUACCGCCAGCCGCCCUCCUACCCGCAGCAGUUCCCCUACCCGCAGGCUCCCUUCGUCAGCCAGUACGAGAACUACGACCCCGCGUCGCGCACCUACGACCAGGGCUACGUGUACUACCGCGGCGCGGGCGGCGGCAUGGGCGCAGGGGCGGCGGCCAUGGCCUCGGCGGGCGUCAUCUACCCCUUCCAGCCCCGGGCGCGCUACGAGGACUACGGCGGCGGCGAGGAGCAGCCCGAGUACCCGGCCCAGGGCUUCUACCCGGCCCCAGAGCGGCCCUACGCGCCGCAGCCGCAGUCCCCCGACGGCCUGGACCGCCGCUACUCGCACAGCCUGUACCACGAGGGCACCGCGGGCCUCGAACAGGCCUACCCCGACCCCAGCCCCGACGCAGCGCAGUCCGCCGGCGGCGCCUACGGCGGCGACCCCCGCCUGGGCUGGUACCCGCCCUACGCCAACGUGCCGCCCGAGGCCUACAGCCCGCCGCGCCUUGUGGAGCCGCAGCCCCCCUUCCGCGUGCUGGAGCCGCCCUACCUGCCCGUGCGCAGCUCCGACGCGCCCCCGCCAGGCGGGGACCGGAACGGCGCGCAGCAGGGCCGCCUCAGCGUGGGCAGCGUGUACCGGCCCAACCAGAACGGUCGCGGUCUCCCUGACUUGGUCCCGGACCCCAACUACGUGCAAGCGUCCACUUACGUGCAGAGAGCCCACCUGUACUCCCUGCGCUGUGCCGCGGAGGAGAAGUGUCUGGCCAGCACAGCCUACGCCCCCGAAGCCACCGACUACGACGUGCGGGUGCUGCUGCGCUUCCCCCAGCGCGUGAAGAACCAGGGCACGGCGGACUUCCUCCCCAACCGGCCACGGCACACCUGGGAGUGGCACAGCUGCCACCAACAUUACCACAGCAUGGACGAGUUCAGCCACUAUGACCUGCUGGAUGCGGCCACGGGCAAGAAGGUGGCCGAGGGCCACAAGGCCAGCUUCUGCCUGGAGGACAGCACCUGUGACUUCGGCAACCUCAAGCGCUAUGCGUGCACCUCUCACACGCAGGGCCUGAGCCCAGGCUGCUACGACACCUACAACGCGGACAUCGACUGCCAGUGGAUUGACAUAACAGACGUGCAGCCCGGAAACUAUGUCCUCAAGGUGCACGUGAACCCGAAGUACAUCGUUCUGGAGUCUGACUUCACCAACAACGUGGUGAGAUGCAACAUCCACUACACAGGUCGCUACGUUUCUACAACAAACUGCAAAAUUGUCCAAUCCUGACCUCCUCAAGGCAUCGACGGCCGAUCUCUCCCCUUCCAGAGCAGCCCCUGCUUCCCCGGGGCCUCCCGCCGAGGGGCCCAGCCCCCAACCCACAGGCAGGGGCAUCCGUCCCUGCCGGCCUCAGGGAGCGAACGUGGACCGAAACCACAGGGAUUCCGGAUGCCAGACCCAUUUUGUACUUAACUUUUCUCUACGACAUUGUUUUGUCGGUUGUUGGUUUGUUUUUAUUUUUUAUAUUUUGGCCAUACCACAGAGCAAGUUUGCCCAGGUCUGGGCUGAAUAAAACAAGGUUUUUCUA